AAGCGUCUUUCCUGGAGCGGCUCGUGGGGUCGUGACCCCGGAAGUGCUGUGUCGCGGCGUCCCAGUGAGGGAGGAAAGGCGGCAAUCGGUCGGAAGCGUCGAGCGGCUCGCAGGGGGGAGAUGGCCGGGUAGGCGGCCGAGGCGCCGGUGAGCGGAGCGGGAGCCCCGGUUCGAGACGCGGCGGCUCCCCGCUGAAAGUAAGGCAGAGCUCUGGACUCCGAGGGGCCUCCGGGGGAGGGGCUGCCUCCGGGGGGCGCGAAGCGGCCAAAAUACGUUACCCGUGUCCCGAUUCCUCCCUUUUCCUUUCCCCUGACGACAGGCCUCCCGACGCUUGACAGGGUCUACUCUAAUUCAUCGUGCGUUUUAAAACACUUUCCUCGUCGUGUAUGUGUACAGUAUAUAUAUAUACACGCGCUUAUUUGGUCCGUCUGUUUUCACUCAGGACAUUUUAAGGUGGCCGGCAAAACGUGAGCGCUCGUCACAUUCAUAUUUAUAUAUAUAUAUACACGCGCUGAGGGCGAGAUUAUACACGGUAAUGUAAUAAGAUGCAGCAACAAAUCGAUGUCUUCAAAGCAAUGGUGGCUGGUACCAAAUGACACUAGCCAAGAAGAGAAAGAACAUGUGGCAUCAGAUUUCAUGCUUAUUUCUUUCUUUUUAAUAAGCCUCCAGAGAAACAGAAAUGUCUUCCCGAGUGAUGGGAAGUUGAACCAGGGAAUUGGCAGUGGAGGGAGCCCUGCUUAAAGUGAGGCAUGGCUGCAGUUUAGGAAACCUCCGGAUUGGGGGCGGGGAAGAGGCUUUGGGGAUGUCAAUGUGGUGCAGCCUAGUUACUUUCUGUCCCUGUUUACGUUCAUGUGGCAUUGGAAACAAGAUGCUGCUUCUUCCCCCCCAAAACCAGGGUAAGAGGGUUUAACCAUGAAGAAUGAAAACUCCUAACAACAUAAACUAAAAUAAAUCAGUAGGGAUUUAUUCUGCCAAAAGCUUAAAUUAUGCAAGUUCCACAACAUAGAGACUGUUGGAGUGUGUGCUCCCAGGUCACUGAUUACAAUUGAAUUUUAAAGCACAAACAUAAGAUUGGAAAACAAUGCUGUAGAUAGGAGUGGGCAGACUUUAGGCUUGUGGAAUCUAAUUUGUUUUACACUGGUACCCUAAGAUCCAGCAACCAGAGCAAAGUGCAAAAGAUAGAGCCUUAUAAUUUUUUAGUACCAAAACAGACAUGAGCUCAUGGUCGCUCCACACAAAAAUCUUCUCUGGAUCCUCUCCCCCUCCAUUAUUCAUUUCAGAAGUAUGAUUUACGGGAGGAAUUAUUUUUGUUGUCAUUGUUAAGCAACUGUGUGUCAGAGAAAUCCUUGCUGAUCUACAUGAAAUGACUCUUGAGAACUACCAGUAGAUUGUGAUCUACAGUAUUUUCUGCCCACUACUGCCAUAGAAUCUGCAGUGUCCUUAAAAAAGCAACAUAUUUCUUACUUCUCCCCCUCCCCACCGCCAUGGCUAUGCUCUUGUCUUGCAGUUUUCUAGAGAACACACCUGCUCUUAUUCUUUAUCAGGACUGGGGAACCUAUUGCCCUGCUGGCCUUUCUGAUGGUAGUUGGAGUCUAAUAACAUCUAGAAGGCCACAGGUUGCCCAGCUCUGUUCCGUUAUUCUUCCUUUACUGUAUUGUAAUAGUAGUAAUGCUUAUAGCAUUUUGAAUAAUUUCAUUUGUUUGUUUCAUUUAACAGCAUAACUUUCUCCCCCCCCACCUUUUUUUUUUUGCUAUAAGGUUCUCAAUCGUUUUACAAUGCAAAUUUAAUUUCUUAAGCACUGCAUCCAUACUUUCACUCUCUCAGUAUCCUAAUCCUCACUUUGGGACAUAAAGUUCAUCUUUCCCAGCAUCUUAUUAGCCUGUGUUCCCUUACAUUUUGAAAUCACUUAAAGAAAACAAAUGCCAUCAUCCAAGCACUUCAUCUACAAGAUUUCACUAUUUUUUUCUGAGGUUUUGUAAAGAAGGCCAGCAUAUCAGAUUUGAAAUUGGGGAAGGUAAAGCUGAGAUAAUAGUCUGUAACUGAUGUGAUUUUUUCAUUUCACAGCCAACAAUCCUAACUACUAUGCUUAAUUAUAAACAAGUGGAUUGGUCACUGAGCGUUUGCACCAGUGCUGUGAUACAUCCAACCAUUGCAGAUUAAUGCACCUGUACCAUGUAAGGCCUGGGUGGAGAGGAUGUUCUCUUGAGGAAAGUCUAUUCAAUGACAACCUCCUAUUUAUAUAUAUGUUAGAUUGCCUACACAGAUCCAUUUUAACCAGCAGAGAGAGAGAGAGAUGUGAUAGCUUGUAAAAUGCUCUGGGGGAAUUGUAUAAGCAUAUGCAACAGGGGAAGAAUGACUGUAUAGGUUAACCCUUACUGUUUACUUGCAGGAGCUUUUUUGGGGAAAUGGCCUCUCCAUUCAAUGGUCCCACAGCAGUUUCUGAUGUAAUUAAAGAUCUAGACACUCAGAUAGCUGUAAGUAAGUUGGCUUGAACUCACCAGGACAUAGCAUGCUGGCAUCAUGGUGAGAAGCUGCAGGUGGGCUUGUGGCUUUUCAGUUUUGCUUGUGUGCCAGAACUGAAACGUGCAAGAGUGUAUUGUCCUUUUCCACUCAGAUUUGAAAAUGCUUUGUAGGAAAUGAUCCUGUCUUGUGUGCUUGGUUAGUGAAUAUGGUCUCCCAGAAGAUGACAAAAUUAGUAGAACUGAGUGCUGGAAUCUCUCUCCAGCAUCAUUGCUGUAUUGCUCCCUGAUAAAGAAGUAAUCAAUCUCCCUGUUGACUUGCACUUUAUUCCUGCCAGCGUUACUCCUCUCUAUAGAGAUGCAUAGGAAUGUGGAACAUUUUACAGGUGGCCCCUACCCAGAGGAAUGUUAUGCAUCUUUAGUUGGCUUUGUGAUGAUCACUAGUUGGAAUCUACAGACUGUCUUCAAGAAAAGCCUCACACAGAGCACAUUACAAUACAAGCGGGAGGUCCCUAGAACAUGGACAACAGAGGCCAGGCUAUCCUGGUCCAGGAAUAGCUGCAGCUGGCAAACCAGCCUGAGCUGGGCAUAAGCACUCUUGGCCACAAAAGCCACUUAAUGACAAGCUGGAAUCCAGGAGGACUCCCAGACUACUAAACCUGAUCCUUCAAUGAGAAUGUAACUUCUCCCAGAACAGGUUAGAUAUCUAAUUCCCAGACACAGGAACCAUCCAACCACAGCCCUUCUUUCUUACCAGGAUUCAGCAUUGAUAUUUAUUGACCUCAAUCCAUUCUACCACUGCUUCCAGACAGCUGCCCAACAUCUUCACAGUCUAUCCUGAUUCCAAUGGAGUGCAGAGAUAGAGCUGCAUGACAUCAGCUGAUGGCACCAUACUCCAAAUCCCUAGAUGACCGCUCCCGGUGGUUUCAAAUAGAUGUUAAAGAGCAUAGGAGAUAAGCUAGACACUUGUGGGACCCCAUAGUUCAGAAGGUGCCAAACAACGAUACCUUACUUACUACUGCCUUUCGGUAGCUCCCCUGUAGGUAGGAACUAAACUAGUGUGACAUAGUACCUCCAACUCCCCCGCCCCUGCCCCAAAUCGUUCCAAAAGAACACCAUUCUCAAUGGUGCCAGAAGCUGCUGAGAGGUCAAGGAGAACCAGCAGGGUCACGUUUCCCCUGUCUCUCUCCCGAUAGAGGUAAUCAAUCAGUGCAACCAAGUCCAUUUCAGUGCCAAAACCAGGCUGGAAUGGAUCUUGGGCUGAAAAAGGUUCCCCACUGCUGCAGAAGGAGAUUCAAGAAGUAAAGCAAUGCAGUGCCAAGUAUCAGAAAAGAGCACAAUGAAUUUGUCGAGAAGAGGCAGCAGAAUGAAAACAACAGGAAGGAAUGUAGAAAGACUGGCUAAAAUAGGAGAGAGCAAGAGCUGGGAGUCUUGAAAGUAAGGAAAGCAAAGGUUGCAUCCAUUGCUAAGAUGAUAGAACUGCCUUCAGUUUAAAAGUUGAAUUCUCCCAUACUUUGAAGGGCCUUUAUAUGCAUCUGCCAACUGCUUGAAGAGGAAACAGCUGCUAAGUAUAUCUAUCAUGUGUGCAGAAAUGUGUGGAGCCAUGCUUGCUGGGGCUGAUGGGAGUUGUAGUUCAGCAACUUCGACAACAGUGCCAUUUUUUAUGACAGAGUAACAAUAGCUAGCGUAAACAAAAGUGGAAUGAGCCGUCAUGGCUUCAUGGGCCUGUCAACAUACAAACAAAGUGCUGGCUGUUGCAGUUACAAAUCUAUAAAGGUGUGAAUCCGCUAGUGGUUAACUUUACAGGCUAUGAGCCCCUGAAGUUCAUCUGGCACUGAGCCUUGCCUUUCCCAGGCAUAUAUCCUUUUCCUCCCUCUGGGCAGGCUAUUUUUAUCAGCAAACCAUUUGUAGCACAAGGUUAAGGAUUUGUUCUGGGUGAAGCUGAAAACCCCCCAACAACUUAUGUUUACAUUGCCUUUCAACCCUUAUUGUAUUGAAUACAUGUUUAUAAGGGGGAAUGAAGCAUUUCAAUUGCAGCCUUCUUAAUAAUUAUUGUGUGGAUUAAUACUAACAGAGAACUUGCUCUUUAAAAUAAUAACGAAGUGUGGUUUCCGUUUCCUACAUAUUGACUUCCUUGAAUCUUGGGUAGUCCGUGUUCAGCAUGGUUUGUGUUUUGAUGUGACGUUGGCGUCAUUGUUGGAUUACAAUUUUAAGCAAAAUGCAUAAGAAUUAAAAUAGCUGCAUAUGGUAAAAUUGCAUGCUAAUCGCCUGUAUAUUAAGGUUCAAGAAAAUGCCAUUUCUGAUUCUUGAGAAGUUGGUAAUGUUUACCUCUUUAAAAUAUUUUCUGCAGCUGUGUUGAUUGGUAACAAGCUGCUGCUGAGUGGUCUGAACUGAACACACAAGCCAAUAGCAUUACAGACUGGAUGUUGAGAGAUUCUGAAAAGAGACUCCUUGAAAUUCGAUGUUACAUCUUGAAUGUUUUGGAACGAUCAGAAAACACAUUUUGGUUGGAAUUCAGGCUAGGUUAGCUAAAGUUAGUUCCAAGUGGAAUCAAUGGGAUAAAUUAGUCAGGGCUUAAAUAAGUACAGUACUUCUAACUUAUCCUGGAUGAAGCCCUUUGUCUUUUUUUUGGAGAGAACCAAAGAGAAGAAACAUUCCCAGAGAAAUGCUGCCACUGAACUGUAGCCCUAAGGUAUCUUUGCCGCUGGUGGGUUUAAGAAAAUAGAUAUUGGAGGUUAAUAGGUGGAACCGUGGAUUGAUAAACAUGGUCCAUUUCCAUAGUUUAGUCCGUAACAGAAGUAUAAACAUAACACAUUAACGCAUCCCAAUCUGUAUUAUUUGAGGGAAAUGUCAAGCUCUAGGAAGCUAAAGAUCAGGUUUGUGAGGGCGAUCUGUCUGCGACAUCUGUCACCCCAUUGAUUGCCAGAGUUGAUUCGGCUGAUCUGGCUGGCUAGGCGGGUGUCCCCUUCCUCCCUCACCGCUCCAUGUGCGUCCCUCUGGAAGCUGCACGCUCGGUGGAAGAGGACGACCAUCCCAGACAGAAAGAGCGUACUGUUCUUCUGUCAAGGGUGUACGAUAGCUGCGCUCCCCUGCUACAACCUCCGAACAAGCAUCCUUUAGAUAGAUUACGGACUUUCAUCUAUAGCUGGCUAUAAGAGGAGCAGUUUUCCCUUUAGCACUUUUGUCUUAGAACUAUCAAAAGGAUGGGUGUGGAGGAUUCUUAUGCAUAAGCAAAAGUUGUCCAAGAAAUACAAACGCAUAUCUCCGGACACCAGUGGUCAGCAAGUGCCUCAUAGUUGCUUUCUGGGCAAUCUAGGAAGAGGGAGGGAAGUUCUUAUUACCAUGGCUGUCAGAUCCAAGUGUCUGGGGAAGUGAUUCUGACAUCCACAAACACAGUUUCUGCUCUGAUUUCCACAUUGUGAUCUGAUACUUGGUUUGCAUUAAAGUUCUCACAGAACGCAGGCACUGGAAGCUUCCCAUGAGGUGGCAUAAUGGUGACCAGUGCUUUUUUUCUUUAAAAAUGUUUAGGGGUACUCUCAUUUUCCUACUCAGAUUGAAAUACUUCCCCUCAAUUAGGCCAAACUUAGAUUCACAAAAUGUUUAGGGGUAUGCGUACCCCCAGGAAAAAAGCACUGAUGGUGACAUAGUUAAGGUGCUUUUCCAGCCACUGCAGAAAACUUGUUCUUCCAAAGGCUUUGAAUAUCUGAGAUCCAGUCUGCUGGGAAUUGUUCUAAAAUAGGUAAUUUAUUAAAUCGCCUCCUUCUUCUCUUCCUCCUCAUUUUAACCCUGGAAUUUGUAUCUUCUUCAGCUGAUUGGUUUGGGCCCACACAAUCCCAAGAAGAAGCAAGAUCUGGACAAACUCUAUGAUCUGAAGGCUAAAGCUCAGCAGAUUAUGAACCAGUUUGGCCCAUCUACCUUGAUCAAUUUGUCCAACUUCUCCUCAAUCAAGCCAGAACCAGCCAGCACCCCUCCACAUAGCUCCAUGGCAAACAAUACCACUGUGGCGAAGAUGCCAGGGACCCCUAGCAGUGGUGGGCGCCUCAGUCCUGAAAGUAACCAGGUAAUGGCACUUGCGAUACUGGGAAAGUGAGUGGGCUAAGGUGAGGUUGAAAAACAACAUUGGUUGUCUGCUUCUGAGCGUGCCCAAGAGUUGCCAAAAUCUCCCUGUUACGUCUUGCAACUUGAAAUGAAUAAAAGCUUGAGUCUUAGGUUCAGAACCAUGUGCUCCAUGUGGGGCUAAACUUGAGGUUGGUCCAGAAGCUGCAGCUAGUGUAAAAUGUGGCAACUUGACUGCUCACUAAAGCAGGACAUCGCCAAUAUGUUACCCUGCUGUUGAAAUAAUUGCACUGGCUGCCAGUUAGCUGCCAGGCUAAGUUUAAGUGCUGGCUGGGGCCAGGAUACCUGAAGAUAACCUCACUCCUUAUAUGUCCAGUCCAGUCUGUGCUCUGCAGGUGAGGCCCUCCUGCUGUUACCAUCUUACCAGAAGGUCCAUUGCACACAAUGUAGGAAUUGGGCCUUAAGUGUUGUAGCACCUGCCUUUUGGAAUUCCCUCCCCGUGAAUAUUAGAUGGGCAUCAUCUCCUUUGUCUUUUGGUGGCCAUUGACCUGGUUGAACUGUACUAAUGUUGGUGAUCUCUUUCCCCUGCCCCAGAUAUUAACUAAGAAGAAACUACAGGAUCUUGUCAGAGAGGUGGAUCCAAAUGAACAACUGGAUGAAGAUGUGGAGGAGGUAGGCUUUUGGGGUGGGGGGAUGAACUGAAUGAAUCCCUAGUCCUGAAUAAUCUCAGACCCCUUGAUACUUGCCUGAGCUCAUCCUUAGUUGAACAGUGCCACUGGUUCAAUCUGAUCAGUUAGGAAACAAAGUGGUUUUCCUUGAUGUAAAGUCACUGGGGAUGUUGAUUACUUGUUGGAAGAAUGUGAAGCUUCAGAAGUUAAAUAUCAUUUCAUUCAUUGUUAUAUCUCAUGCCGAAACCCAUCACUAACAUUCUUGGUGCUUCACUGUUUUUGACAGAUGCUGCUGCAGAUCGCAGACGACUUCAUUGAAAGCGUUGUGACAGCUGCCUGCCAGCUUGCACGACAUCGCAAGUCCAACACUUUGGAAGUGAAAGAUGUCCAGUUGCAUCUUGGUGAGUGCCAGUGCAUGAGUUGUUUGUUUCAUGAAGGCUGCUAUAGGUGGCUCUAUGUGCCUACUCUCCCCGUGUAGUGAGCCUUUCAUGUAUAACAGUUCACCAGGCCAGUCAGGCCACUGCAGUCUUCCUCCAUGUGUUAGGGUGUGCAGAAAAUAGCCUGUAGUGAACCCCUGCACACAAGGGAAUUGCUGUCACAUGUAAUUCAUAAGUGUCCCCUUGAAAUUUGUCCUACCACAAAUAAACCCCUAAAAUAAAGAGAAACAGAACUCCUGCCAAAACAGGAUUUUUUCAUUUCUCAUUUUGUUCUAGCUCUUAGAAAGCAGACAAUGAUUUCUGCUUACAUGAUUGAAUUGAUAAAUAUUUCUCCUUAACUCUUGUUUCCUCUACCUCUUUUUCUCAUCCCCUCCACCCAUGCCCUGUUCUUUGAUGCAGAGCGGCAGUGGAAUAUGUGGAUCCCAGGUUUUGGUUCUGAAGAAAUCAGGCCAUAUAAAAAAGCCUGCACUACAGAAGCUCACAAACAGGUAAGGAGGGUGUUGCAGCCAGGGGAGAGAAAACACCAGGUGUUUAUACUGUAAUUUCUAAUGUCCACAUUCCCUUUCUGCGUGUAUGAGAGAGAGAGAGAGAGAGAGAGAGGAUGCGCAGUAUAAAUACUCAAGUACAUCACUCCUCCCGUGCCAUGCCUUUGGGUCAAAUGCAUUUCCAUCUCUUAACAUAAAAACAAAACACACAAACUAGCAGGAGGCCUGAUCUGAGUCAGGACUGCAGCAUGUCAGGCACAGGUUCACCUUUUCCCUGCACAGUUCCUGACUGAGAUGGAUCCCCUCCCUACUAAAGCUGCUGUUUGUCCUCAAAGGAAACAAAAUACGUGCACCCCUAUAUUUUUCAUCCUGUAGGAAUAAUAAAGGCUAGAGUAUGCAGAGCAAUGUUUAUUAGGAAAAGGGGCGAUGAAUCAAACCUCCCUGCACUGUGGUCACUAUUCAGAUUGAUGACCCUCCAACAGCUGCUAUUUUUUUAAUCUAAAGAAACUGAUACGGAAAUGCAGCCAUACCUCAUUUUGACUCUUAAGUGGACUAGUUAUGUGAUUGAGGUAUUUGGAUACUAUGGUGGCCAGGUGAGUGGAAAUAGUUUUCUGAGCCCAAAAGAAUCUACUUUCCACUGAAACUUGCUGGUGGUCCAUUUCCCUGAUUUUCACUGUUCUUUUUCUCUCUCUCUUUUCAGAGAAUGGCGCUGAUCCGCAAAACAACAAAGAAAUAAUGCUUGGGAAUGGCAGGGAGAUGGCUCUUCUGGGCGGGAAAUCCGCCUCAAGCUUGUGGAGUACCCAUGACGUCAUCCGUGGGAUUCUUUUUUAAGGCUUUGCAGAGAAGCGUACCUUUUAACUGUGCAGCAAUAUCUGACUUUGAGGGGAGACCUGCCAAAAGUCGAUAGGCCCUGCCUCUCCCCCCCACCCCUACUCUACAACAUAUUUCCCCAAGAGAACACAAUUUAUCUUGAAACACACAGACUUUAUUUUCUGCCUUCAGAGUGAUUUAUGGUGUAAGUGGUUGUCCAACGGACAGAAUAUUUUGGUAUUUUUGGGAACAGUAUUAGAAACAGCUAUAGAUGUUUUUUUUCUUCGUUUCCCUCUUACUCUUUGUAAUGUUGCUGUUUAUAGAUAUUUGGAUUUGUUUUAUGAGCAAAGACAUUAUGACUCUAAAACUAGGUCGCAGUAUUGGCACGGGCUGCGAAAAAGCAAAGGGCAUCAGGGCAAGAGCCAGAGGAAAGGCUGUUCAUUAUAGGUUGUUCAAAGCAAACAUCUCUUUUUCUUCUUUUAAAUUCCAAUAUGGUCCAUAUUGCAAGUCUCUUUAACUCUUAAGGAUGCAAUAGACUUCCACUGCAUAGCAAAAUAUCUGUGAAGUUCUGUGCGGAUGGUGGUUCUGUUGGAAAGCGUUGGUGCAGUUCCCAACACAGAGAGAUUAUUAUUAUUAUUAUUAUUAUUAUUAUUAUUUUUAAACUGGCAGCAUCUGUCUUGUGAAGAGAACAGUCCUCAGUAUCCACAGCCCAGAUAUCAAUCUGUGCUCAUUCAACAAUUGGCUUGCCUCCUAUCUCUUCUGUUACUAGGAGAAAAAUAUAAUUGAGAAUACUUGCCAGAAUACUUUGCUUUCAGUGAGUGUUCCAAUACCAAAAGCACAACUCAGGCUGAAAAUCAAAAUUGGUGCAAAACUGUUGCCUCAGACUUUCAUGGAUUAUGAAUGGUGGGUUUUUUUGCUGCUUCUGAAGUAGUUUCAGCUUGCUGAAAAACUGCCCUCCUUCCUCACUUCCUCUUUGAUAGGUUGAACUGUAGCAACAGAAGAGUUGCACUGCCUGUGUUCUGAAUGAAGAAGCCACCGCUGACCACACAAUCUACACUUUUUGUGUUCUCUCUCUGUGUGCGUAACAGGUUUUCAUUAAGCCAUCCAGCAGUGGCUAUAGAAGCUUAUCCUUUUUAUGCAAGUUCUCCACUCAUUUAGACUACGGUAAUAAACAAGUACGUUAAUGUUCCCUGUUUUUCAAGAUAUUUCAUGCACUUUGCCCCAGGUAGCAUACAAUUUAGUGCUUUCCAUUAAAAUAAAAAAAAAUGGCAUCAGUUCAUAAAACCACAAUGCUUGCCUUUGUAGCAUGAGCCAUUAGGAAUAUUCCAGAGUGUCAUUUGUUCUUUUAAACUCUUGUUCUAAAAGAGUAAUUCUCCAUUUGUGAAAACAAUCCAUCCUUUUGUUUCGCCAUGGGAUUAGCAGCCAAAUGGAAUCCAACUGAGGCAUAUGUCUAAAUAAUCCAAAAUGAAUUCUGAAAUUGCACCAUGGAGGCAGAGGGGGGUGGGGAGGGGGAAGAACCUUUGCUGCAGUUAUUUUAUGUAUUGCAUCACUUGAAAGCAUCUUCGCCAUUAAACAACCAAUGACAAGGGCAUGUUUAUUUAUUGUCAUCCCCAUCCAUGAUCAGGGAUGACGGGACUUGGAAGUCGAAAGACAUUGCUGUAUUGCCUCAGUAAACCUUUCCCCUUCAAGAAAUCAGUACAUCCCGCCCCUCCCCACUAGCCACCCAAAUUUCUAAAGACUUGCCCCAUAGCUGCUGCUGUUCUUCUUAUCCCGAGUUCUUCACAUGCUGCUAUUUUUCUGCAUGGUUUUUGAUGAAGCUAAUACAUGGGCUUUUCACCAUAAACUGCAGAAUCAUUGUUUCCCAUUGCAUAUGCAUGCUAUAGAUAUUACACAUUGGGCUGUUUUCAGAGUAGCCCAGUUGAAAUUAAUGGACCUCGUCAUGCCCUUUAAUUUCAGUGGGUGUACUCAAGUAGAAGUUAACUGAAUGCAACCCCUUAUAACUGCCAUGUGCAAUGGUGUAUAGAGAAAUUAACAUGUUGCUGUAAGCUUGCAUUGGCAAAGUAUUGUGAACUAGCCCAAAUCCACUUAUAGAAGGUCAACAGAAAUCAAGCCAACUGUAUCACCCUGUCCCAAAAAAUAAAUUUGAGGCCCUGCUUCACGUAAUACCUUAAAUUGGGUAGUAUAUCAGUAGUAGGCUCCAUGUAAUUCAAGUGUGUGGUCCUGAUUUUCUCCUGUAACAUGCUUUUUCACAACCCAACAGUAAAGGAGGCCUCCUGCUUCAAGCAUAUGUCCGCCAAGUGUGUUACUGCAAACCACCCAGAAGAAGGAUAGGUGGGUUUCCCAGCAUCAGAUAUGCAGAAAGGUAUAUUUCCUCUCCCCCACACAUGAAAUAAAUGCACCUACAAACUCAACUCAAGUCCUCACUGUGGCUUCUGCUGGUGCUCUUUCAAGUAAAGAUGGUGAGAUGAUAAAUGCAGCUCUCUGGAUGAGAUGGUGUGUACCGAAUACAAUAAAUGGCAUUGGCAAAAUGAAAA